AUGGAUUAUCUGCUGGAUUCAAGACGAAAGAGCUAUUCUGCUGGAAAAGUUAUUGCAGCUGCAUUCUUCAUUGGAGUAUGCAUCAUCAUGCUCAAGCAGAUGCACUCACCUAUUUAUACCAUCCCAAACCUGUUUUCUGAACACGAGCUCGGUGUAACACAUGUCUUAGUGACGGGCGGUGCUGGUUAUAUAGGUUCUCAUGCUGCACUUCGACUCUUGAGGGAUUCAUACCGAGUAACUAUAGUGGACAAUCUUUCUCGAGGGAAUCUUGGUGCUGUUAAAGUUCUCCACGAUCUAUUUCCAGAGCCUGGGCGAUUGCAAUUCAUAUAUGCGGACCUGGGAGAUGCAAAAGCUGUAAAUAAAAUCUUUUCUGAAAAUGCAUUUGAUGCUGUGAUGCAUUUUGCUGCUGUUGCAUAUGUUGGUGAAAGUACAAUGGAGCCUCUAAGAUAUUAUCACAAUAUCACAUCAAAUACCUUGGUAGUUUUGGAAGCAAUGGCUGCACAUAAUGUGAAGACAUUGAUCUAUUCUAGCACUUGCGCAACGUAUGGAGAACCUCUUAAGAUGCCGAUCACAGAAGAAACUCCUCAGCUUCCGAUCAACCCCUAUGGAAAAGCCAAGAAAAUGGCAGAAGAUAUCAUAAUUGACUUCUCCAACACCACUGACAUGGCUGUUAUGAUCCUAAGAUACUUCAAUGUUAUUGGGUCUGACCCAGAAGGAAGAUUAGGGGAAGCUCCACGACCUGAACUUCGCGAGCAUGGCCGGAUCUCUGGUGCUUGUUUUGACGCAGCUCGAGGGAUAAUACCUGGACUCAAGGUUAAGGGAACAGACUAUAAAACAGCCGAUGGCACGUGUGUACGGGACUAUAUCGAUGUCACUGACCUGGUUGAUGCCCAUGUGAAAGCUCUUGCCCACGCAAAACCUCGGAAAGUUGGCAUUUACAAUGUUGGAACUGGAAAAGGUAGAUCAGUGAAGGAGUUUGUUGAAGCAUGUAAGAAGGCAACAGGCGUGGACAUAAAGGUUGAAUACCUCAAUCGCCGGCCAGGAGACUAUGCUGAGGUCUUCAGUGACCCUUCCAAAAUAAAACAAGAGCUAAACUGGACAGCUCAAUAUACUGACCUUCAAAAGAGUUUACAGAUUGCUUGGAAAUGGCAGAAGUCACAUUUGAAUGGUUAUAGAGCUCAUAAGGUCAAAUCCAAGGAUAAGGACUUAAAAGCUGAGAUUAUGAAAUUGAACGGCUACUUUAUAUCUGAGAAUUCCUACAAAGAUUCUAUCACCAAAUGCCAAGAAGAGCUAAAUCAGCUGAGUCAUGCGGAGAAAAAGGCAAAGAAUGACAAAGCCGACGUUGAAAAUGCGUUUAAGCAUUAA